AUGUCUGUUUCCAUUGAAACCACUACCGUCCCCACCGCCCCUGUGGCCGCUCAGCAGCCCGUCCUCCUGGGCCAGCAGGCUCGCAUGCCCGAGUUCAGUCUCGCCGGCAAGGUAGUCUGUGUCUCUGGCGCCGGCCGAGGUCUGGGUCUGACCCAGACGGAGGCUCUCUUGGAAGCUGGAGCGAAGGUGUACGCAUUGGACCGACUGGAGGAGCCGGCCCCCGAGUUCGCUCAGAUCCAGCAACGCGCCAAGGAGCUGGGCACGGAGCUGCACUACCGCCGCAUCGACGUGCGUGACACAGAGCUGCUCAACAGUGUUAUCGAGGCCAUCGGCAAUGCCGAGGGCCGCAUGGAUGGCCUGGUCGCUGCUGCGGGCAUCCAGCAGGAGACCCCCGCGCUGGAGUAUUCGGCCAAGGACUCCAACACCAUGUUCGAGGUCAAUGUGACCGGCGUGUUCAUGACCGCGCAGGCUGUGGCGAAGCAGAUGAUUCGGUUUGGGAAUGGGGGCAGCAUCGCUAUGAUUGCUAGUAUGAGCGGCACCAUCGCCAAUCGGGGUCUGAUCUGUCCCGCUUACAACGCCAGCAAAGCCGCUGUCAUCCAACUAGGCCGCAACCUCGCCGCCGAGUGGGGCCAGUACAACAUCCGCGUCAACACCAUCUCCCCGGGCUACAUCGUCACCGCCAUGGUGGAGAAGCUGUUCGUCGAGUUCCCAGAGCGCCGCGACCAGUGGCCCAAGGAGAAUAUGCUCGGCCGUCUGUCGCGUCCGGAGGAAUACCGCGGCGCCGCGGUCUUCCUGCUCAGCGACGCGAGCAGCUUUAUGACUGGGAGUGACCUGCGCAUGGAUGGUGGGCAUGCCGCUUGGUAA